AGACAGCUGGCCCUGGCGCAUACCUGACCUUACCGGAGGUCCUAAGGCAAUGUAAGAUUCGGGUGUCACUCACAAUCACUUCACGUUGCAAACAACACCCACCUCCGCAGAAGUCACUGACUCACUGGAUCUGUCGCCGUCCAAGCGUGUACCUCAACCAUUCCACACAUUGCUUCCACCUCGACCGAAUACUCUCGCUCGCCGAUAAUACGACUCAUCACUUCCCAACAUGGCCGCAAUCAUGGGCGGCGGAGGAGAGGGCGGAGGCGCAAUGCCUUUGGAACAGUGGUUCUUUGAGAUGCCCGUGUGCACGCGGUGGUGGACCACGGCCACGGUGGCCACAGGCAUUCUCGUACAAUGUCAGGUCCUCACACCGUUCCAGCUGUUCUACAGCUUUCGAGCCGUAUGGCAGAAACAGCAGUUCUGGCGCCUCAUCACCACCUUCAUCUACUUCGGCCCACUAUCGCUCAAUCUCGUCUUCCAUAUAUUUUUCAUCCAACGCUACGCGCGAAUGCUGGAGGAAUCGGCUGCAUCUGCAGCACAUUUCAGCUGGAUGCUGGCCUAUACGGCUGUCACGCUACUGGCAGUUGCUCAACCGAUGUUCAAUCAGGCAUUUCUGGCAUCCACAUUAAGCAGCACACUGGUCUACAUAUGGGCGAGGCGAAAUCCGGAUACCAGGCUCAGCUUCUUGGGCGUCCUCACAUUCACAGCUCCAUGGCUGCCGUGGGUGCUGAUUGCGUUCAAUGUGAUUCUGCAUGGACAUUGGCCGAAAGAUGAGCUUUGUGGAGUGGCUGUUGGACACGUUGUUUAUUUCUUCAACGACAUAUACCCAUCAACGCACCAUGGGCAUCGACCACUAGACCCACCACAAUGGUGGGUCUCACUCUUUGAGAGAAGAGUUGUACCCGUGGCCGAAACCGACGUGCACGCUGCAGCAUUGAAUAGGGACAUCGCUGCGCCUGUGGUGCCCGAUGUGGGUUAAGUAUCUUUAGUAGCGAUGCAUUGCACAUAUCAUGAAUCACACGAUCGUUACGGCUAGUCCUUGGUCUACGCUUUGGAUAAGUGUCAUAUGCGCCCUCCUUACUUGACUUCACUUAUAGUUGAUUUUGGCACCGCUCCUUAGCUUCGACACUCUCGGAAUCUUUUCAAUUCACAGCAUUGUAAAC